AUGUUGCCGAUCGUAUUUCUCUCCACUUUGGUGGCCUCCGCUACUGCAGCGACCACCGCCAGCAACUAUACUUUCCCUGAGGGAUUCGAUCUGAACCAGGUGAAACCCGCGGAUAAGUCUGCCUGGUGUCAGGCCGAGCGGAACGCCUGCCCUAAGAUCUGCGGCGGAGUUGCUGAUAAGAACACUUGUGACCCGCAAACUCUUGGUUUCACUUGCACAUGCUCCAAUGGCACCGAUGCUGACGUCGCGCCUUACGCGGAAACUAUCCCCUUCUUCGUCUGCCAGGAGAACUACCGCCAGUGCAUCGACCGCUCUACUGACCUUGACGGCGACGAAAAAUGCAAGGAGGCCCAAAGCCAGUGUGGUUCGAAAAAUGCGUCCGAUGCCUCUGGCUCGUCUUCAUCGACUAGUACGACCACGUCCUUGCCUACCUCAACUGGUUCUUCGGGGUCUAGCAAAAGCGAAAGCUCAUCCACUGGCACCGCCACGAGCAGUGGCAGCACAAGCAGCACAACCGCUAAUGCUGCUGUGCGCAUGGCCCAGGACCAUGCGACGGGUAUCUUGGCAACGGUACUCUUCCUGGGUCUCCGUCUCGGCUCCUUCAGCGAACUCGCCGACGAGUUCGCCCAGUACCUCGACGCACUGCGCAAAAGCGAAGGCACCACCACCAUUCAGGCCGAAAUCUCCCCGCUCUUGGAACCCCUCCGCCAGCAGGAACAGAGUGACGCUGAGCCCGAUCGGAAACAGCGUGAUGAGGUUCUCAAGAAGCUGGUCUCGGCGGCAUCCGUGUUGAAUAAUGCUCCAGAGAAGGAGAUCAUCUCCGCCUACAACCUUCUCGUCCAUCUUAUUCACUACGCCUCAGACCCUGACAUGUUCCUCUCCCGCAUCUGCUCCUACCUCGCUAAACCCAUCACCUCCUCCACUCAAUUCGGACCCUCGCUGGCCAUCUCUAUCCUUUCCACCAUCUUCAACACCCUCGCUCCUACCGACUCCAGCCGCUUCCAUGUCUUCCUGGGUAUUGUCGCAGUCAUCCGUCAGUCCGGCUCCACAGUCGCUUUCGAAGCCCUCAAGCCUCAGUUGACCGCUCAGCUGCCCACCUGGCUGUCCUCCUGGGAGUUGGAUGAGGAAGAGGCUCAGCGCCUGCAUCUCGCUGUUGCAGAUGCCGCUCAGGCUGCGGGCGACCCGGAGCUGGCACAGACUCAUAUUGUGCAGGCUCUGCAGACCAUUCCAGCCGCGCAGGCUUCGUCCAAGGAGGCCCGCGACCUCGCCAUCCGCGCUCUCACCUCCGCUCUCACCCACCCCGCUGUGUUCGACUUCACCCCUCUGACGGCCUCGGACGCCGUCCAGGCUCUUCGCUCCAGCGACAGCACCCUGUUCGAGCUUCUUGAGAUCUUUACGGCCGACACUCUCGAUGCUUACGAGGCUUUCAUCACCGCCACUCCCUUGGCAGGCAUCUCCGGCGGUGUGCUGGCCGACGCUGGCGAAGCGCUGCAGAACAAGAUGCGCCUAUUGACUUUGGCCUCUCUGGCUGCCUCGACCCCUUCCCGUUCCUUGCCCUAUGCCACGAUCGCCGCGGCUCUGCGUGUGCCGGCCGAAGAUGUCGAGAAAUGGGUCAUCGAUACAAUCCGUGCUGGUUUGGUCGAGGGUAAGCUGUCUCAGCUGCGGUCCGAAUUCCUAGUACACCGCGCCACCUACCGUGUUUUUGGCGAGAAGCAGUGGGCGGAAGUGCAGGGUCGCUUGAUGGUCUGGCGCCGCAGCCUCGAGAACGUUCUGGGCGUCCUUCGUACCGAGCGGGAGCGUUUCGUCCGUGAAAGCCUGCAAGCCGCUGCAGCAGCAGAGGAAGCCGCUCAGGGCAAGUCGAACGACAAGGGUAACAAGUCCGGAGAUCGUCGGCAGCGCCAUGGCAACAACCAACAAUCUCAGCAGCAACAGCAGCCCCAGGAGGUGGCUGCCGCGGAGUAA